CUCCAGCGCCGGGUGAGGGGCGGCCCACGCGCUCGGGACUCCCCGCUGCAGCUGCGGAACGCGCGCGGGCUUCGGCGGCCGGAUCCUGGGGUGCUGGGGGCCGCGGUCUCCGCGGACUCGGGGCCAGCCCAUCCUGGAGGCGGCGGAGCCGCGGGGACUCCGGACGGAGGCGGCCGGCGCUGGGUGACCCCGACAAGCUGAGCUCGGGAUGCGGGCGCUGCUGCCGCCCGCGCUGCUGACCUGCUGGCUGCUCGCCCCCGUGAACAGCAUUCACCCAGAAUGCCGAUUUCAUCUGGAAAUACAGGAGGAAGAAACAAAAUGUGCAGAGCUUCUGAGGUCUCAAACAGAAAAAUCCAAAGCCUGCAGUGGCGUCUGGGACAACAUCACUUGCUGGCGGCCUGCCAAUGUGGGAGAGACAGUCACGGUGCCCUGCCCAAAAGUCUUCAGCAAUUUUUACAGCAAAGCAGGAAACAUAAGCAAAAACUGUACGAGUGAUGGGUGGUCGGAGACUUUCCCGGAUUUCAUAGAUGCCUGUGGCUACAGCGACCCGGAGGAUGAGGGCAAGAUCACGUUUUAUAUUCUGGUGAAGGCCAUUUACACCCUGGGCUACAGUGUCUCUCUGAUGUCCCUUGCAACAGGAAGCAUAAUUCUGUGCCUCUUCAGGAAGCUGCACUGCACCAGGAACUACAUCCACCUGAACCUGUUCCUGUCCUUCAUCCUGAGAGCCAUCUCAGUGCUGGUCAAGGACGACGUACUCUACUCCAGCUCGGGCACAUUGCACUGCCCCGACCAGCCGUCCUCCUGGGUGGGCUGCAAGCUGAGCCUGGUCUUCCUGCAGUACUGCAUCAUGGCCAACUUCUUCUGGCUGCUGGUGGAGGGGCUCUACCUCCACACCCUCCUGGUGGCGAUGCUCCCCCCAGGAAGGUGCUUCCUGGCCUACCUCCUGAUUGGAUGGGGCCUCCCCACCGUCUGCAUCGGGGCGUGGACUGUGGCCAGGCUCUACUUAGAAGACACCGGUUGCUGGGAUACGAACGACCACAGCGUGCCCUGGUGGGUCAUACGCAUACCGAUUUUAAUCUCCAUCAUUGUCAAUUUUGUCCUUUUCAUCAGUAUCAUAAGAAUUUUGCUGCAGAAGUUAACGUCACCAGAUGUCAGCGGCAAUGACCAGUCACAGUACAAGAGGCUGGCCAAGUCCACGCUCCUGCUCAUCCCACUGUUUGGCGUCCACUACAUGGUGUUUGCCGUGUUUCCCAUCAGCAUCUCCUCCAAAUACCAGAUUCUGUUUGAACUGUGCCUUGGGUCGUUCCAGGGCCUGGUGGUGGCUGUCCUCUACUGUUUCCUGAACAGUGAGGUGCAGUGCGAGCUGAAGCGAAAAUGGCGCAGCCAGUGCCCGACCCCGUCCUCCAGCCGGGAUUACAGGGUCUGUGGCUCUUCCAUCUCCCGCAACGGCUCGGAGGGCGCCUUGCGGUUCCACCGAGGCUCCCACACCCAGUCCUUCCUGCAGACGGAGACCUCUGUCAUCUAGCCCAGAGCCCCUCCUGUCGGGCGCAGCGGGAGCCCAAGGUCCCGGGGCUGAGGCAAGGCUGACGCGGGCUUCCCCCUUCCAGAAGCCCGGGCACCCUGUCGGGCAGGUCAGCCCAGUCCUCAUGCAGUCAAGCUGGUUGUCCGCCAAACCCCACACGUGGAACUGGGGUCCUGUUGUCAUUGACUCGAUUUAGACUCCAGCAUUUAG